GGGAAGAUUGCGGCAGUUCUAUGAGCAAUCAUUAUUCGCACACUAAUCGGGUACGACUAUAUCGUAUCUCCGACAACAACUCCGGAGCAUCAACUGGAGAUAUCUUGACUGUGGGUUUGGCAAUUAUAUGACUAUUGAAGUGAACGAGGAUAUGAAAACAGUUCCGCAAAUCAUCGCCGAACGGAUUAAGCUCCAUGAGCAUCGAUGACCUUUGCUGAUUAUGGAGGAGGACUUUCGCGAAGUCGAGCUCUCGACCAUAGCUGCUAUAUACCCAGAGGAGCUCUGCAUUGACGAACAGGACCCGUAUGCCUUCACUAUCGAGCUUCCAAUCAGUUUGAGCAAGCCUGUGGUAGUCAAGUUCCCGGCUUCCUCUAAUGCGGCCCCUUCUGGACAGCUUCCUGAGGCUCGACUGCCAACAGUCAAUGCUGUAGAAUCACAGCAGCUUUCAAACUUUCCAGCUCUGAGUAUCCACAUUGAGUUGCCAGAGGGCUACCCGACGGAGAAGCCACCCAAGGUCGCCUUAUCCACAUCACCACCGUGGCUGUCACCCAAGAUCCUCGAGAAGCUUGAGAGCGAUGCACAAAGGUUAUGGGAGGACAUCGGCCGUGACCAGGUCAUAUUCACCUACAUAGAUGAUGUUCGACAGUCCGCAGACACUAUCUUUGGCUUGGUCAAUGAGCAAGGUACCCUAGAGGUCGGACCAGAGCAUAAAAUAGCGCUUCUAGACUACGAUAUCAAGGCGAAACAGACGGCCUUCGACAAGGGAACAUUCGACUGCAAUAUCUGUUUAGAUCCAAAGAAGGGCUCAGUCUGCCACCGAAUGCUCGACUGUGGUCACGUAUUCUGUGUCCGGUGUUUACAGGACUUCUACAACAAUGCCAUCAGUGAGGGUGAUAUUUCUACGGUUCGAUGCCUGGAGCCGGGCUGCGCCGAGAAAAGGGAUGCUGCCGCACGAAAAGCUUCUGGAAGCAAGCGACGGAAGCCUAAGACCCUCGUAAACCCCAGCGAGCUGUUACAGAUCCCGCUUGGCCACGACGUCGUCAAACGUUACGUGAUGCUCAAGUACAAGGCUGAGCUUGAAUCCGACAAAAAUACAGUCUACUGUCCCCGCGAAUCUUGUCAAGGUGCCGCUCGAUCUAAAAAAUACAAAAAGCCCCAAGGAGUUGAAUUUGCUGCGGAUGCGGAGGAAGAGUCGGACGGCGAGGAUGGCGAGGGCGGCGAAGAUGGCGAGGGCGGCGAAGACGGCGAGGGUACCGAUAAAAAAGUCGCACCCCUGGAUCUACUCGCCAUCUGCGAGGACUGCAGUUUCGCAUUCUGCACACGUUGUCGCAAGUCGUGGCAUGGCGAGUUUCAGUACUGCGUACCUCAGGAGCGCAAGGAAGAGAUCUCCGAGGAAGAGAAGGCUUCGAUGGAGUACCUCCGGUUACAUUCCUCGCCUUGCCCAACAUGUGAUGCUCCUUGUCAGAAGAGCCAUGGUUGCAAUCACAUGAGGUGCUUCCGCUGCCAAACACACUUCUGCUAUUUAUGUUCUUCUUGGUUAGACCCCGAGAAUCCUUAUAAGCAUUUCAAUACCGAUUCCACGGGGAAACGCAGUGCUUGUUUCAUGAGGCUUUGGGAGUUAGAAGACGGCGACGGUCAUGACAUCGAGGUUGGUCGAGGUGCUCAGCAUCGUCGCGAAGAGGCGCAAGCCGCCGAACUUGAAGUGGCAUUCGGAGAAGAAGCUCGCGGCGCCGUCCCUCAGCAGCAACGGCGGCAACGAGUUGUUCAGGCGCAACCAGGUCAACCGGGCCAACAAGAUCAACAGGCUAACAACGCCAGAUUUGCUGUCGCUCGCGAAGGCCCGCUCGUGCUACGGAUCGAGGGGUUGCCGGCUGAAGCCAGAGGUCAGCAGUAUCGUCCCGCAGCUGGUCGUGGUCGUCCACAAGUGGUCAACGGAGGCCAACGAGGAGGACGUGGUGUUAGAGGUCAGGGACGGCCAGGGGCACACCAGCAAAACCAUGGCCGGAUGCCAGGACAGAACCGGCAAGUGAACAGGAAUGGCCAGCGCGUGCAGAAUGACGGCCCGCGCGAGGAUGGCAGGUUGAAUGACAACGACGAGGCAUGGGUUCGCCACUUCGUACGGCUUGCCCUGAACGACCAGGAGCAUCUGGUGGAGAUGGAUAGCGAUGAGGACUGAGUGGUGGACCCUACAUGGCACGAUAGCUCGAAUCGGUCCAAUGCAGUAGUCGAGCUUCCCAAUAUGGCAACGGCAUUAACACCAGUAGACACCAAUUUCGACCAUAUCAGACAAUCCACUACUUAAC